CUAAACCACACCUAACUUCAAGUUUUAGCAGAGUCCUGCCAAGUCUACUCAACUUUUUAUAUGUCAGUUUAGCUCUUGACGUUUAUUGUGAAAUAGGAAGAAAAAAAAACAACGUAAAAUUUUUAAAAUGUUCAACAUUACCCGAGCUCUAAACCAAUCAAGUGUACUUCGUAAUGCUGGUGCACUUGCUGCUGCCCGCAACAUUACCAUGAAAAUUGUUCCUCCAGUUGCCCAGCCAGUGGAGUCUUUCGAUGAGAAGAAUUCCCGUCUCCAACGUGCUCUGUCACCUCAUUUGACCAUCUAUAGACCACAAUUAACAAGCAUGCUUUCCAUUUCCCACCGUAUGACUGGUCUAGCUUUAGCUGGUUACUCUACAGUUUUAGGUUUAGGUGCCCUCGUCUCACCAGUUGAUUUUUCCCACUACGUCACCAUGAUUGAGGGACUUCAACUGAGUGCGGGAUCUCUAAUUGCCAUUAAAUUCAUUUUGGCAUAUCCCAUGGGCUAUCAUACAGCCAACGGAGUCCGCCAUCUCAUCUGGGAUACUGGCAAAUGCUUGAAAAUCAAUGAAGUCUAUUCGACUGGUUAUGCAAUGGUUGGAUCAUCCAUUGUUUUAACAGCAAUUCUGGCUUUACUUUAAACAAAACAAGCAAAACAAGUAUAUUUGUAAAUAUAUUUUCAAUUUUAAAAUUAAUUUCGACGAAGAUCUAAAAUGUGGAUUCUAUAAAACAAUAAUACGCGAAUCGAAAAAAAAAGUU